AUGCGUGUCCAGAGACUUGAGACCCGUUUCCUGGGUUCAGCCUUACGCAGGGGCUCUGCGGGAUGCGAGAGUGAUUUCAGCCUUCCAUCGGUGAUUUCUAUCUUAGCGCCCUCCUCAACUCCAUCUCAGAUGGUCUGGCAGAAUAUUCGCCAAUUUGGUGGGAAGCUGAUGCGCAGCCGGCCCCUGCAGCUGGGCCAGGGGGUCUCUGAGCAUCGCUUGUCUCGUUGUCUGAAGACCCUGGAUCUGGUGGCCUCGGGUGUGGGCAGCACCCUGGGAGCGGGCAUGUAUGUCCUAGCUGGAGAAGUGGCCAAAGAGAAAGCUGGACCGGCCAUCGUCAUCUGCUUCUUGGCGCUCUACACUUACGUCACAGUGGGUCAACUGGUGGUUUUCAUUGCUGGCUGGAACCUCUUAUUCUCCUACGUCAUUGGCGAGAUGAUGGGGCACGGAGGGAGCUUGGGCUCACUGGGCUCUGGCGGGUUUGUGCCUUUUGGCUUUGGCGGGAUUCUCCAUGGAGCAGCUACGUGUUUCUUUGCGUUUGUGGGUUUUAAUGGCAUCGCCACCACAGGAGAAGAAGCCCUCCACUCUCACCGCUCCAUCCCCCUGGGCAUCGUGACCUCGAUCUUCAUCUACUUCUUGGCCUAUUUUGGUGUCUCAGCGGCGCUCACCCUCAUGGUGCCCUACUACCUGAUAUGUCCCGAGAACCCCUUGCCGGAGGCUUUUGUCCACAUUGGAUGGGCCCCCAUCAGAUAUGCUGUGGCCAUCGGCACCCUCUGUGCCCUGUCCUCCAGCCUCCUGGGUGUCGUGUUCCCCAUGCCUCGCGUGCUCUACUCGAUGGCCGAGGACGGGCUCCUUUUCCGUGGACUCGCCCAGAUCCACACCCGCACCAGCACCCCUGUGGUGGCCACUGUCGUUUCUGGGACCGUUGCAGCAAUCAUGGCUUUCCUGUUUGAGCUCAGUGACCUUGUGAACCUCUCAUCCAUCAGGACCAUGCUUGCUUACUCCUUGGUGGCCUUCUCUGUUCUUGUCCUCAGGUACCAGCCAGACCAGAAUUUCAGCAAGAAUGAGAAGCCGAAGGAGGAAGUAGUUGAGAUGAAUUCUGUACCCAAAGCGAAAUCCCCAGAACGUGUUCAUGAAGCGUCCAGCACUCCGACGAGUCUGUGGAGCCCUGUCAGCGCCAUCCCCACCCUGAGAUCUGGCCGCACCGCCUAUGGAUGUGCCUUUCUGCUUGUGUUAACUCUUUGCCUGCAGGUCCCCCUGUUGCCUGUCCUCCCGUUGGUCAGCAUCUCUGUGAAUGUUUAUCUGAUGAUGCAGAUGACCACUGAGACGUGGGCCCAAUUUGGAGUCUGGAUGUUGAUUGGAUUUGCUGUAUAUUUUGGAUAUGGGAUCCGACACAGCUUGGAGAACGAUCAACAGCCACCUGCGUCAAGCUCCAGACUCCUCAUGGAAACAUCCCUAGUCCCUCGCUGA